AUGGGUAAAGUUAGAACCCUAUUUAGUCCAUUUCGUAGGGGGUUUUCAACUAAGAUGGACUACGAUGUUAUAGUUAUAGGUGGUGGACCUGGAGGAUAUGUGUGUAGUAUUCGUUGUGGUCAGCAUAAAUUAAAAGUUUUAAAUAUAAAUGAAGAUAAAAAAUUAGGUGGAACAUGUUUAAAUAGAGGUUGUAUUCCAUCAAAGUCCUUAUUACAUAUUGCACACAACUAUUAUGAAGCAAAAAAUAGAUUUAAGGAUAGUGGAAUAUUAAUAGAUAAUAUAAAUAUAGACAUUGAUACUAUUCAUAAACAUAAAAACAAAUGUAUGGGUAACUUAGCAGAUGGUAUAUCUUUUUUGUAUAAAAAAAAUAAUGUAAAUCAUAUUAUUGGUCAUGGAAGCAUAAUUGAUGAAAAUACAGUUUUAGUAAAAAGUGAAAAGGAAGAGAAAAAAAUUACAGCAGAAAGGAUUGUUAUAGCUACCGGUUCUAAACCAAUUGAAAUACCUUUAAAAAAAUUAAACGAUAAUAAUCUAGAUGAUAUAGAUAAUGUUACGGAUAUUUUAGAAUAUGAUCAUGAAAUUAUACAAAAUUCUGAUGAUAUAUUAAAUUUUAAAAAAAUACCAAAAAAAAUGUCUAUUAUUGGUGGUGGGGUUAUUGGAAUAGAAAUAGGUUCUGUAUUUUCAAAGUUGGGAUCAGAUGUUACUAUAUUUGAGUAUAAUGAUAGAUUGUGUACUUUUCUUGAUGCUGAUGUCAGUAAAGUUUUACAGAAAACAUUAGAAAAAAUUAAAAUGAAAUUUAAAUUUAAUACAUCAAUAAUAGGUGCUAAUAUAAUAAAUAAUGAAGCUAUUUUAUUUUGUAAGAAUAACAAAACAAAUGAAAUAAAAAAAGUGAAAUCUGAAGUUGUACUUAUUUGUGUUGGGAGAAAGGCAAAUUUAGAAAAUUUAAAUUUGCAUAACUUAAAUAUAGAACUAAAUAAAAAUAAAAAAAUACAGGUGGAUGAAUAUUUUAAUGUAACACCAUUCUCUACUAUCAAAGCUAUUGGAGAUGUAAUUGAUGGACCCAUGUUAGCUCACAAAGCUGAAGAAGAAGGUUAUAUAGUAGCUAAUAUGUUAUUUUCUGAAUUAAAAAAAAAUAAAAAAAAAAAAAGUCAUAUUAACCAUGAUUUAGUACCAAGUGUAAUAUAUACCCACCCUGAAGUUGCUAGUGUUGGAUACAAUGAAGAAAAAUGUAAAAAGUUAAAUAUAAAUUUUAAAUCAGUUAGUUUCCCAUUUGCUGCUAAUAGUAGAGCGAGAACGAUAGAUGAUUAUGAUGGUUUAAUUAAAUUAAUUGUUGAAAAGGAUACAAACAAAAUAUUAGGUUCUCAAAUAAUUGGAAAUAAUGCAAGUGAUUUAAUUUUACCAAUAUCAAUUUAUGUAAGUAAUAAUGGAUCAUCUAAAAGUUUAAGUAAAAUUAUAUAUCCUCAUCCUACAUUUUCUGAGGUAAUUAAAGAAGUUGCAUUACAUUCUUUUGAUAAACCUAUACAUAUGUAA